GAUAAUCUGAAGAUGUGAGGGUCAUAAAUAUACGUAUUGAGCUAAUAUAUGAAAUAAUAAUAUAAAUUUAACAGAAAAUAGAAUAACACUUUUUCUUUCCUUUAACUAACUUGAAUGCAAUUAUUAUAUACAUAAUUGGUGAACACAUCCAAAUUAAAACAAAUGGAUCAAUAACAAUGUUGCUAUGACAAUAGAUCAACUAUAGCUUCAAAAUCCGCAGCUUCUAAAUUGUUUGAAAUUUUCAAAAUAUUUUAAGCUUUGUCAGAAUGUCUGUGGAAACUGCAAAUAAUGAAUUUACUAGAAUUUGUGUUAUGCUACAAUCGGAAGUAAAAAAGCGACGAAUACAAGGUUUGAAAGAAGUUUUCACAUUGUUAGAAUUACAGCAAUCUGAGAAUGAAACCCUAAAAUUAUGGGAUAUUAUAAAUAAAUAUCUGUUGAGAAUUUUAAAUGAUUCUGUAGAAGAAUGUCGUGAUCGAACAGUGGAGAUUAUCAAGUUAUUUAUAAUUAAUUUAGCACCGAAUGAUAAGUAUAUUAUGCAUUUACUCCCAGUUUUAUCCAAAAGAUUAGGUUCUUCUGAGCAAAUAGAAACCUCAGAAGAAGUUCGACUGAAGUGUAUUGCGUUAUUAAAAAUAAUAGUAUUGAAAUACGAAAACUUAUUAGCAUUAUACAUUGAUGAUUUAACAAAAAUCUUAGUACAAACUCUAGCAGACAAUUAUCCACUUGUUAAAAGAGAAAGCUGUGAUUGUAUAUCUGAAUUUGCUAAGAAUUUGUCAAGAUAUUUCUACGCGCAAUCGCAAAACUUCGUAAAACCAAUUCUAAAUAACUUUACGCACCAACAUCAUAGAAUUAGAAUCGCUUCUAUUAAAACAAUAGGAGAUUUAAUCCAAUAUGGAAAUAGUAAAUCUAUAGAAGAAGUAGCUACACCUAUGGCAGAAAGGUUGUUUGAUCAAAAUGGUCUUGUUAGAAAAGGUAUUUCAUUAUUUUUAUUCUUCAUUUUAAACAAAUUAUAUUUAAUAUCAUUGUACUGUUUCGUAGCUGUAAUAGAAGUAGCAGGUUAUUGGCAUCUAAACCUAAAAGAUCGAUAUAACUGGUGGCAUAAAAUUCUUCCACUACUUUUAACGGGUCUACAUGAUGAAUUAGAAGAAAUUAGACAAAAAGCUGGCAACUUUUGGGAUGCUGCGGGACAAUCGUAUGUAGAAGAAAACCAGAAUGAUGAAAAACUGAAAGACAAACUAGAUUUUCUUACCAAAGAUCGUCAUCAUUACCCUAAUGUUAUUAGACCAAACAUAGGAUGCCGUGUAAUAGCACAACAAUGCUUCAGUAAAUUGAUAAAUGGAAUUUGUUUGGAAUUAGGAGAUUGGAUUGCAGACAUACGAGUACGUUCUGCACAAUUACUUUGUGUAUUUAUUUUAAACAUAGAAGAAGAUAUAAUACAGCAUAUUGGAAAACUCUUAUCUCCUAUGUAUCGAGCUUGUAACGAUGAAGAUAACAGAGUUGUAGAAAAUGUAGAAAGGGCUGCAGAAUAUUUAGGAUAUUUUGUACCUCCAAAAAUCUAUUGUCAUUUGAUAAUACCUACUCUUGAAGACACUCCAUCCGUAGGUCAUUUAAAAGUAUUUUCUGCAAUUUUAAAAGGUAGUGAACAGUGUACACUUCUUCCAUUAUUAGAAGAUAUUGGAAGAUUCUUACAACAAUCACAUAUCUGUCAAAGUAAAAAGGGAGCAUAUCAAAAAGAAAUACUUUCUUGUUGUUCUUCUUUACUUUUAGUAUGCAAAAUGGAUUGCAAGCUUAUAUCAAAGGAAUUAUUUAUAAUAAUGUUCACUGUUUUAUCUAUGACACAAGAAAAUUUGAUAAAUUUGAAAGCGCAAGAAUUACUAAGUAUACUUGCUAACAUUAAUUCACUUGAUAGUGUUGGAGAGUUAUAUCAUAAAUACAUUGGCCAAUUAUUUUCAACAUUUUCUGACUAUAAAUCAUGGUCAAUUCAUGAUCCGGAAUCUCAAAUUUUUUGUGCAUGUUUAACUUACGCUAAGCAAAUCUUUGCUUAUAAUAUGAACAUUAUUUUACCAGUUCUAAAACAAACUCUGACGGAUGAUGCAGAUCCUGAAUUGAGACUGAAACAUUUUAUUUUAUUAUCAGAAUAUUUUAAUCAAGAAUCUUUAAAUGAGAUUAUGGAUAUAAAAUUUUCUAGUCAAUUUUUGAAAGAUUGUAUACUUCCUGGAUUGAUUUGGACAGCAGGAAGAACUGCUGAAGCUAUACGUACUGCUGCAGUAACUUGUUUAUGUUCGUUUUUAAAUAAAUAUGAAAAAGACUCUGUUAUGGAGAGAAUUACAAAUCACGAUGAACAAAAUAUUUGUUUAAUAUUUGAUGAAAUAAUUCCUGUCUUAAUUAGUCUUGCAGAUGAUAAUUCUAAAACAAGUAGAUUUUAUUCUUUGCAAGCUAUGUAUUUAAUAAUGUGUAUCCGGAAGCAGUUUGAUCAUCUCGCGGAAGAAUACAUACAUAAAAUAUAUCCAAUACUAUUGAAAAGACUUGAUGAUGGAUGUGAUGAUGUUAGAGUAAUAUCAUUAGAAGCUCUAACAGAAGUUUGGAGCGCAAUACCUAAGGAUUAUGACUUACAGUUUAAUAAAGGACAUGUAGAUACUUUGUAUACCACAAUUAUAAUAUAUUUGGAUGAUCCAGACAGCAAAUUUCAAAAUAUUGUAUUAGAUAAAUUAAAGGAAUUGGCCAAAGUGCAUCCAGAAUUAUUAUAUCAGAAACUUCAGAAAUGUAAGACAAAUUUUAGAAAUCAACGGGAUAUGGAAACAAUAAUAGAACACUGUCAAUUUAUUUUAACCAGUAAAUAAAAUUGAUGACUGUCAAUUUCUUUUAACAAAUGAGUAAAAUUGAUAGUUAUUAUGUAAGAGUAAUGUUCUAUUCAGUAAUAAUAUUUCUUGUAUAAUGUAUAUGUAUAUUUAUUGUAAACAAAAAUUAAUUAAUCUAUUCAAAUUAAAUUUUAUAGACAGAAUUUAAAA